AUGCAUCGGGGUGAACACCAGGGGGUCUCUCACCCUGAAGAGCUCGAUCGCUCUCGUCUUGCCCGAGCCGCCACCGCCAUUGAGAUAACUCAGCUGGUGGUGGGUGAGGGGGAACGUCUUUUCUUUGGCUGUGGUAUUCUGGCUUGGGGAGCGGCCUGGGGUGCCUUCAUAUUUCAGGCAGCUGAUAUCUCUCAGCAGCAGCAGCACCAGCAGCAUGUGCAGAAUACCCUUCUGCCGAUAUUGCAUUCAGCAACUGAGCCACGUGAGCAAGCACCUAUAACAACUCUGCCUCAGGCUCAGAAAACCCCAAACCCCAAAGAAAUACCCAAACCUACAGUAGAGAAGAAGGAGAAGACCAGAACACCCGUGAUUUGCAGUUACUGCAGUAAGGCUUUCAGAGACAGUUAUCACCUCCGGCGACACGAAUCAUGCCACACUGGAAUCAAAUUGGUGUCACGGCCCAAGAAAGUGCCAACCAUGGUGUCGCUGAUGUCAUCGACGCCUGGCGUUGGUGCCACUACAACAUUGGUGUCAACUGUCGCAGGGAUGCUGACUUCAACUGAUGCUUCCACCUCCACCGUCACCAGCAGCACCACUACGGCUGUCACGGCCAGCAAGAACGCCAAUAGACGAGUGAAGAAGAAUCACGGCUGCGAACUGUGUGGAAAAGCAUUUCGUGAUGUUUACCACCUCAACCGGCACAAACUUUCCCACUCGGAUGAGAAGCCAUUUGAGUGUCCCGUUUGCCAACAGCGCUUCAAGAGGAAGGACCGCAUGAGUUAUCAUGUGCGCUCACAUGAAGGGGGCAUCAACAAACCAUAUAUCUGCAGCCUUUGUGGAAAAGGAUUCUCCAGGUAAAUUUAAACAAGGUUUGGAAAAUGAUGGGAAGGUGGAAGUAGCAAAGGGAGUAAAUUUGUGAGGAUAUUAAAAUAAGGAAAAAAAAAAAAAAUCCUUAAGUAGAUAGUUUUGCUUUAAGGAAAUUGUCCUAUGUGUUGUUGACAACAUUCUAGUAUGUAUGCACGAUGUAAGCCAAACAGAAAUUGACUCCUUCAUUCGUUCAGUUGCUCACGUUGUUUGAAAAUUGUGCUUUUCGCUCUUCGUUUUGUUUUUAAUUGGUAUUGCAAGCACUGUGAAGAAAGUAUUUUCUCUGUAAGCUUAGGAAGUUUGACAUGUAAUUAACUGCUAACAGCAUAAUUUCUCAAGUUAUCAAUGAAUGUCAGCUAAAAAUUUAGACAUUACAGUAAACAGAUUUUCAGAAUCAAAUCCUGAUUGCUUGUUACUUUGACACAAGUGU